UGUUUCCUAAGCAUCAAACACCACGGUCAACUUUAAUGGAUGAUUUCCCAAAAACCAGUUCAAGAAUUGUAUCUAUUCUGGGUCUAUUCGAGCUGUCUAUUGGUCGAACGCCGCGUGCUGACGGCGCUUCGGAGCUUGCAGCGGCGCGGUUAGCGGUGCGACAUGUCAACGAGAGGGGACUACUGCCAGGAUAUAAACUACAGCUCAUCACUAACGAUACUGAGUGCGACCCAGGCGUGGGCGUGGAUCGCUUCUUCCACGCGCUAUACACCAAGAGAUCUUCUCGGGUGGUGAUGCUGCUUGGAACUGCAUGCUCGGAUGUCACAGAAAGCAUCGCCAAGAUUGUGCCGUAUUGGAAUAUUGUGCAGGUAUCUUUCGGCUCCACAUCACCGGCUCUAAGCGAUCGUUCAGAAUUCCCGCUGUUCUGCCGGACUGUUGCACCGGACUCUUCGCAUAAUCUGGCUAGGAUCGCAUUCAUCAGGAAAUUCGGCUGGGACACCGUCACCGCGUUCUCUCAGAACGAAGAAACGUAUUCUCUGUCUGUCAACGAGCUGGUAACCCAACUGGAAUCCGCUAACAUCACCUGCGCAGCCUCCAUCACCUUUGCUGAGACCGACUUCAAACAACAACUUCAACAACUAAAGCAGCUGGACACACACAUAAUCAUCGGCAGUUUCUCCCAGGAAAUGAUACCGAAGAUAUUUUGCGAGGCAUUCAGACUAGGCAUGUUUGGAGCUGAAUACGCAUGGUUGGUGGCUGGCGCACCCCCGAGGGUCAAAGGGAAGACUCCAUGUACCAAAGCUCAGUUAGCUAAAGCUCUUGAAGGGCUUGUCACAGUCACCACGUAUAGAGGAGUCGGCGACGUGACGUCUUAUUCUGGACUCACAAACGAAAUGUUCUACCGUGAUAUGAAGAGUGCCGGGGUGCCCGUGUCGCGGUACGCCCCUCAGACCUACGACGCGGUCUGGGCCAUAGCUCUGGCUCUAAGCAAUGCUGAGAACAGUUGGAGAAGCCUAGAAACUGAUGACACCAAUAGCACUUUACACAAAGGCGGUUGGAAGCUGGGCCUCGCGCAUUUCGAUUACGACAGAAAGGACAUGGCUGAUGAGUUUCUGUAUCAAUUGGGGAAUUUAAGUUUCUACGGAAUUUCAGGCCCUGUAUCAUUCAACGGCGCUGAUCGCAUUGGGACAUCAGCGUUUUAUCAAAUUCAAGGUGGCCGUCCAAAACUAGUGGGCCUUUACACCCACGGUCGAGAGAUAUCAUGUUCGGAAUGUACUCGUGCCCAAUGGGGAGGCGGAGUACCGGUGGCUAGGAGGCUGCUGGUCUUAAGAGUGGACUCUGUCUGGGCUCCAGCCAGACUGGCCGUGGCAACAAUGGCUGCCGCUGGAGUCGCUUUGGCGUUCGCGUUUUUGGCAUUCAACUUGCAUUAUAGCAAAAGACGGUCCAUAAAGCUGUCAUCGCCUCGUCUAAACAACAUGACGCUGAUUGGUUGUGUGCUGGUCUACACUGCUGUCGCCCUGCUUGGUAUCGACAACGCUACUCUACCGUCUUUCGUUCCUUUUUCGGCUAUGUGCACAGUGAGAGUAUAUAUCCUGUCAGCUGGCUUCUCAUUGGCUUUUGGAUCUAUGUUUGCCAAGACAUACAGGGUGCACCGGAUAUUUAUUAGUAACCGAAGCGGCGUCUGCAAGACCAAGCUUCUCCAGGAUACGCCCCUAAUAUCGCUGGUAUGUGCGCUGCUUCUCAUCGAUGGCCUCAUCGUGACUCUAUGGGCGAAGUUGGAUCCUAUGGAGAGGCACCUUAAGAACCUCACCAUUGAGGUCAGCCCCAAUGGACGAAGUGUAGUUUAUCAACCCCAGAUUGAAAUCUGCAAAUCCCAAAACACAAUCGGCUGGAUGUGUGCAUUGUAUGCUUACAAGGGCCUUCUCCUCAUUGUAGGGGUCUACAUGGCCUGGGAGACACGACACGUCAAAAUUUCUGGCCUUAAUGACUCGAAAUACAUUGGAAUCAGCGUCUAUUCUGUCGUCAUUACCAGCAUUAGUGUAGUGGUGAUCGGAAUAACAUCAGAAAGAGCUACCUUGGCCUAUAUUUCAAUAACUAGUUUGAUACUUAUAACGACAACGUCUACUUUGUGCUUGAUGUUCUUGCCAAAGAUUCUAGCUAUAAGAAGCAAAACUGAAGAAGAUCCUGUUAUACAAAGCAUGGGAUUAAGACUAGAAUGUAAAACUAGGAGAUUUGUGACUGACGAGACACAGGAAUUGCGCUUCAGGAUAGAGAUUCAGAACAAGGUUUACAAGAAGGAAGUGGCAGCCCUGGACAAAGAAAUAGGCAGAUUAGAAAAGCUCCUAGCAGAACCCCUCGAAUCACCUAGCAGCUCUUCUAUCGCAUUGCACAGACGAACGGAAUUAAACACGGUUGAAGAAGAAGGAAGAAGAUCUGAUUCGUCGCGAAGAACGCCCAGUGUGAGCGGCGGCUUACCAAUGCUACUAUUAUCCGUAUUGCCGCCCGUCAUUCCGAGAGCAAGCUGGCCCUCGGCAGAAGCUUGCAGACCUCGGAAUUCUGUCUGCUUUAGCUCCCAGCCAAAACUAUCCCAACGAAAAUCACAACCCGCUAUUGAUCUCUAUAACCUAUGCUUAACUAGACAAGAAAACCACGGCCUACUUAGCAGAAUUAAAAGCUUCUUCGGCAGCAGACCCUCAAGUAGAAAAGCGUCUACUAUGUCCAUAUCAGACCCAACAGGCUCUGGCAUCGCGGCUGCUUUAAAAAUGCAUUUCGGCAUGAUUGCUGGGCUUGUACCAGGUAGCAGAAAACACUCGAUGGUUGUCUCAUGUAAUACUCUUAAUGUACCUAAUCCGGAGUCGAGGUUACGUCGGGAAUCAUAUGCAAAGAGUGGACCUAUUAUAUGCAUAACAGAUGACGAGCCAUCUUGCUCGAACUAUCAACCAGAUAGACGUAUCUCCUCUGGCACAAAUAAAUAUGUCGCUGAACCAGAAACAAGAGUAAAUUUUGUAUUGCCAACCAUUCACAAAAGGCCUUCAUCUCAUCAAAAUUCUUGUGAGAAAAUAAAGGGAUCUCCUCGAUUUCCCCACAGGAUAGCUCCGUCUACAUCCAGUUUAACUACUUUAGAUACUAGACGUAAAACAAGUACUGAUAGCGUUUUUAGUAUAUCUAAUAAAGUUUUCGAUGAACAAAGAAGGUAUAGUCAUCAAAAUGUAAGUAACCAAGAUCAGAAAAGUAAAACUAUGCUGGAAAGUAAAUGGAAAAGUACUGAAAAUCCACGGCCUGGACCUUCCACAAAUUAUUGAGUGAUUAACAUCAAUUUAUAUUAUAUAAGUUCUAUAAAUAACUUCCCAGACAUACAGUCUGCAUAGGACAUAAAUGAAAGUGUCAAAUAUGAAACAUCAAAAUUUGAUUGCCGAUGGAUUUUUCAUGAAACACAUAGGUAAAUUUUGAAUGAUUCAGCAAUACUAUUUUGUUGAGGGGUCAAAAUAAAUAACGUCAGUUUAUUGGACCAAAUUAUGGCUAUAAAAUUUUUGACGAUCUCAAACUGUAAUAAAUUGCCAACUAAGAUUUAGUAUUGUGAUAAAAUAAAAUUAAUCAUAUCAGGGUCUUUGGUGGACAGGCUGUAAACACAAAACCCUUAGUACCUACGCGGUAAUUAUGAUAAAAAUAAGUACCUAAUUCUUAUUGAAAAUAGUGACAAAUUGCUAGCCCGUGGUCUUCUGAGAUAUAAUCUCAUAAGCAGUAUUAAAACAGUCAGUCUUAGUACAUUUGAAUGUUUUUUUAAGAAAAUAAAUAGCGUUUUCUUAAUUGUUUACUAGUAGCCUAUUUAAAAAUGCGUGCCAAAUUAUGUUCUAGUCAAUUAGAAGUGUAGAUUAGUGAAUUUUAUAUAAGUAGAAGUGUAAUGUCAUAAUGAUUUUUAAGAUUUAUUUAUAGAUAUUAUAUUAAAAAAAAACAUAAGUAUAACACCAAUAGGAAGACCGCCUGUCUUUUAUGUAGAUAUCUACCUAAUAAUGAAAUAUUUCUUCUCACCUUUUUUGGUAAAUUUUACAGAGACAGAAACUAAGGGACUACAGAUUUGACAAUUAUUUUAAAGUAAAGUUUAAAUUAUUAUAAAUUCAACCGAUCAACUUAAAAAUUAAGUUGAGCUUAAUAAAGUAUAGUAGAUAUUCCAUAUUAUUAAUUUUGACUUAAUACGAUUCAUUCCUUAUUAAAAGCUAUAAAAUAUUUAUACUCUGCCUACUGGAAAGAGGCGUGACUUUAUGUAUGUAUGUAUGUAUAAAAUAUUUAUGGCUUUGACGACAUUAUGAAAUUUUGUCUCCUUGUAAAACACACAAAACUGCCCUCGUACCGACGCCGUUUUUAUCGCGCGAAAACUACAGCUUUUCGCACGACAAUAACGAAGUCGCGCCUUCCACGCCAUGGGGGCUGGUCGUUAAAUUGAAGGGCUCUCAAACUAAUCAUAAGGUGCGUUUUAAGAAAUCAUGUAAAAUAGUUUUCACUAAUUCUAAAACUUUGAAAUUAUAUUUUUUAGAAAGAAAUUAUUUAUACUACGAUGUGUUUUACACAUUAGUGGUUCUAGAAUGUGUUCAAAUUUUAUACCUCAUAAAUUAUGUGUGUGUUAAUCAUAGAAAUCGGAAUAAUUAUGAUACUUGGUAUUAGGUAAUAAUUAGAAACCACGUUUUAAGCUACAAUAAAUGGGUGACUGAAGCCCGGUAUUUUUGUUAACUGUAGCAAAAGAUAUCAGAAAACCCACAAUUAGCGUAGCCUAGCAAAUACCUUUCAUCGCGAACACUUUUCUGUGGAGUUUCAAAGCUGUCAAAUAAAACUUACAAUUACGAUAGGUACAAUGUGGAAACGAUAGGGUGAUUGAUAAGGCGGUGAUUACCAUUUCUAUGAUCUUACUUAGCACUUCUAUGGUCUUAUAUUAUUCCGAUUUCUAUGGUGUAAAUGGACAAAUCCCAAUUAGCUCAUUCCUCGUGUGAGAAGAAUAAACGAUGAAAAUUAACUGUUAUUCUUAUUAACAUAC